AGAGGAUCCGCCCGCAUACAAGAUAACUAGAGGUGGUGUAUGCCUCUCGCUUUCUCUUAGUCGACACUCUCCCCCGUGUGAGAAACCAGCACACGAGUACACUGAAGUAGACUAGUUAUCGCUGAGAAAAGGUCCUAGCUCUCCGGUUCACCGCUCGCCGACCCCGCCGACCCCGCCACACAUCACCGCGCUACGAGCCCGACCACAACCGGCUCAAAGCGGUGCUGCUGCCGCUCCACACGCCGAACUUUCUGCUGAGCACUUUUUCCAAGACACCGCCGCUCUCUUUCUUCAACCUGCCCAUUUCUCUUGAGGUUCAACGUGGGUCCGCCAAGUUGGACGGCCGGGGCGUGUGCUACUGCGACCUGGGGGAGUCGGACGGGGCCAGGCUGUGUGAAUCACGGACCUGCCCUGAGACCCGGGCGCACAUGGAGGGAGACGUUAUGGACAAACUGGAGGAUGUGGACUCGGUCUAUGAGUUCGAUCCGUUUACGGGCAACAUCCCGGCCACUAAAGUGGAGAUCACCGUCUCUUGCAGGAACCUCCUGGAUAAAGACACCUUCUCCAAAUCAGACCCAUUGUGCGUUCUCUACACCCAGGGAGUGGAGACCAAACAGUGGAGAGAGUUUGGCCGGACGGAGGUGAUUGACAACACGUUAAAUCCAGACUUUGUCAGGAAGUACAUUCUUGACUACUUCUUUGAGGAGAAGCAGAAUCUGCGCUUCGACUUGUAUGAUGUGGACUCUAAAAGCCCUGACCUGUCCAAACACCCCUCCGAUUGCAACGACUUUCUGGGGCAGAUGUUCUGCACCCUGGGGGAGAUUGUCGGGUCGCCGGCCAGUCGUUUGGAGAAGCCACUUGGGGGUAUUCCGGGGAAGAAGUGUGGGGCCAUCAUCCUGUCCGCAGAGGAGCUGAGCAACUGCAGGGAUGUUGCCACCAUGCAGUUCUGUGCCAAUAAGCUGGACAAAAAGGACUUCUUUGGGAAGUCGGACCCCUUCAUGGUGUUUUACAGAAGUAACGAGGAUGGCACGUUUACUAUCUGCCAUAAGACAGAGGUGGUGAAGAACACUCUGAAUCCUGUAUGGCAGUCCUUCAACAUCCCCGUUCGAGCGCUCUGUAACGGAGACUAUGACAGGACGAUUAAGGUGGAGGUGUACGACUGGGACAGAGACGGCAGUCACGACUUUAUUGGCGAGUUUACCACCAGCUACCGGGAGCUAGCCAGAGGUCAAAGCCAGUUCAACGUCUAUGAGGUGAUCAAUGCUAAGAAGAAGAUGAAGAAGAAGAAGUAUGUGAACUCGGGAACGGUGACGCUACUGUCAUUCUCCGUGGAGUCGGAGUCCACAUUCCUGGACUACAUCAAAGGAGGGACUCAGAUCAAUUUCACAGUGGCCAUUGAUUUCACCGCGUCUAAUGGUAACCCCUCGCAGUCGACCUCCCUGCACUACAUGAACCCGUACCAGAUGAACGCCUACGCCAUGGCCCUGAAGGCGGUGGGGGAGAUCAUCCAGGACUACGACAGCGAUAAGAUGUUCCCCGCACUGGGAUUCGGAGCCAAGUUACCUCCUGACGGCAGAGUCUCACAUGAGUUCCCGCUGAAUGGUAACAUUGAGAACCCGUACUGCAAUGGCAUCGAGGGUAUUCUGGAGGCCUACCACCAGAGUCUGAAGACCGUCCAGCUCUACGGACCCACCAACUUCGCCCCCAUCAUCAACCAUGUGGCACGGUAUGCUGCAGCGGUUCAGGACGGCUCUCAGUACUUUGUGCUCCUGAUCAUCACAGAUGGAGUGAUAUCAGACAUGGCUCAGACCAAGGAGGCCAUCGUCAACGGCGCCAAGCUUCCCAUGUCAAUCAUCAUCGUGGGCGUGGGACAGGCCGAGUUUGAUGCCAUGGUGGAACUCGAUGGGGACGACAUCAGAGUUUCAUCGAGAGGAAAGCUCGCUGAGAGGGACAUCGUGCAGUUUGUGCCGUUCCGAGACUACAUGGACCGGACGGGGAACCACGUGCUGAGCAUGGCGCGGCUGGCCAAGGACGUGCUGGCUGAGAUCCCCGACCAGUUCAUCUCCUACAUGAAGAGCCGGGGCAUUAAGCCUAACCCAGCGCCUCCGCCGUACACCCCACCCGGCCACACCCACCACACGCAGAUCUGAGCAGCUCCACUGCUCUGCUCACACCUGAUUGGAGAUUUAGGGGGAGGAGGAGGAGAGUGAUGAUGAUGGUGAUGCUCUCUCCUGUGGAAUUCUGGGAGUUGUAGUCCUGGAUGGAGAUCGGGCAGGGGUUGGAUUGAGCCCAGCGUUUGUGUCAGAAUUUCCUGGUAGCACUCAGAGACUUUUGUUCAACGUUACAUUGGGUUUGUUUUUUAAAUGUUUAUUGAUUGUUUUUUUUUUAUUAUUGUUUUUUGCUUGUUUUAGGCAAGCUCAUUGCCAGAACCCUAUAUAAGGACAGUCAUUUUGUUUGUUUGUUUGUUUUGUUUCUUAAAAGAUGGCAAAAAAUGUACAUUUGUAUAAAUAUAAAUGGGCCUGUGACUGUUUCCUGUUUGGGGUGCGCUCGUUAGCGAGUCCGGUGCAAGUGGCCGUGUAUGUGGGAUGCGGUCGGUUCGUGGUUCAACCUGUGCCUGUCUGUGGUCGUCUCAGUGUCUCUAGUGGGGCACCUCUGCCCCUCUUGGAACCUCUGUGUCGCUCCGGGUCUGUUUAGUAGAGCGUAUGCAUUUCAGGUGAAGUCUUUAGGUUCAUUUGAUAUGGAGUCGACCCGGGGCUACAACACCAUACACAGUGUAUGGUCCACAUGGAAAAUAUUCCAGUCUCUGUUGCUAAUGCCUUCUGUACCUUGGAGGGCCGUUAUCACGUGUGCUUUCUAUUUGGUUCUGUUUUCACAACAACAACAACUACAACAACAACUAGCAUUUAUAUAGCGCUUUAUCAAAACACCCAAAGCGCUCAACAGUGAUAGGGGAACCUCACCAACCACCACCAUUGUGUAGCACCCACCUGGGUGAUGCACAGCAGCCAUUAUGCGCCAGAACUCUCACCACACACCAGUUUGAGGUGGAGAGUGAGGGGAUGAAUGAAUGAGCCAAUUACUGGGGGAUGAUUAGGAGGCCAGAUUAAAUGAGCUUGGUUGGGAUUUUAGCCAUGACACCAGGGAACCCCCUACUCUUUGCGAUAAGUGCCAUGGGAUCUUUAAAGGCCACACUGAGUCAGGACAUCAGUUUAACGUCUCAUCCAAAGGACAAAUUACCACUGAACGGAAAUGUUCAUCAGAGCCUUUGGAUUUGGAUCAGGUGUCUGCACGGAGGUUCAUCCUAGCGUACCGUGAGACAGAGCCGAGAUCGGAGUGUCUAUUCUUAGCCCUCCAUGUUGUCAGAGGAAGCAACCGAGCUGCAUGACGCGUGUGUUCACUCAGUGCUGGAGUCAUCUGUUGGGAACGCUCUGUGUUCCACUGUAGAAUUUAAACUGACGAAUAAUGCUCUGUGUUCCAGUGUAGACUUUAUACAGCCGAGAUGCAUGUGGCACUUUGGCCUCCCUGCUGAAAACACAAGACAAAAAAAAAAGAACACCUACAUUUUUUAUUACUGAACACACCGUAAAUAUACCAUAUGAACACAGGUCCUAUAUAAAGCAUAUGAACACAAGUCCUAUAUAUAGUUUUUUUCUUUAAUAGUUUUUUCCAGGUAAGAGCACAAUAUUGCCAUUCUCCUCACAAGGAGACCAUCGGCUGAAUUAGAGGUGUAAGAGGGAUGAGGGGAAGGAUUCCGGAGGAAGGUUUUGUGUACAAUAGUGGGGAGUAGUGGUAGAUUUAAAAGUUAAGGGUGUGUGUGUGUGGGGUGGUGUGUGGUGGUGUCGGCGAAGCUUUGAUGUGAGCCUUGGGAUCUGUCUGAGUGUGUGUGUGUCUGAGGGGGUGGUGUGUGGUGGUGGCGGUGAAGCUUUGACGUGGGCCUUGGGAUCUGUGAGAGUGGAACCUGGCCUACGGUGCAGUUUUAGGCCAGUGAAUAAUUUCCCAGUGCAGCACGACUCAGCCUCAUCUCUUGCAGAGAGAGAGAGAGAGAGAGAGAUGUAUGAGGGCAGAGCAGAGGAGUUCAGAGCCACUCAGUCUGUCCACCAAUUCAGCGGCUUUAAUCAGAUCAGUUAUCCUGCCUGGGCCUUCCUCCGAGCCUCCACUACACUCGGAGAAACGAGCGCAGUUUGUCCCUGUCUGAUUACCGUAAUGAAUGCAAUGCUGUAGAGGUACCCCCAGUCUCACGAGUACACACUCACACACACACACACACACAUACAUACAUACAUACACACACACACAUACACAUUGCUAGACUGUUGUCUGUGCCCACGAUGUAAUCGGGCGAUGCUGAAAGCCAUUAUACUUCGACGAGUCAGCCAGUGGACUAAUAGUGAUUUUUACCGCCACAUCCAUGAAAGCCUGUGUGGUCAUGUUUUCUGGCCCAUUAUAGCAUGCUCUGUAGAUAGGUGGAAUUUAUUUCAUCUUUACACUAGUAACAGAGUAAUGGCCUCUAUUAAUUUAAUUACAUUCGUAUUUCAGAAAUUAUUCAAGGCUGAUACACACAUGAAGAAUGAGCAGAGGACAGUACAUAUGAACCCAUUUUAACAGCAUGAAGCACCCCUGAUUUGUUAUGGCUAUCUGUUAUUCAAGUCUCAUUUCAAAGCAAGCCCUUUUCUUGUAGUUUUAUAGUCAGAAGCUAUCAAAACAUACCGUAAUUUCCCAACUAUUAGCCGUAUAUACACAGGAAAUUACCGUACACUUUUGAAUGUGUUAUUCACAGGAGAAUUGCAACUGACAUGACAUUUUCUCUAGCAGUACCCAUGUUUAUUUGCAGUAUUACCAUUGAGAACAGGGUGACUCAUUUGUAAAGUGUGAUAUAAUUCCAUUAUGCUGACACUUACAGUGGUGCAGUAGAUGGGUUUUUUUUUACACAAUAUAUCUGACUGAUAUACGUAUCAUUAGUUAAUGUGUUAUACAGAAGCAUUACUACAGUUGCACUCUGAAACAUAGGACUGCAGAAUAAUAAUAAUUUUUAAAGACACCCAAAAUCCUAUGAAUGUUAUCAAUAACAGGCUCAGAGGUUAUUAUGGUUUGUCCAGUUUUAAUGGAUUUUUUUAGGCAAACAGUGAUAUUUAACUGUUAUUACUUCAGAAUGAAGACUAGAUACAGCAACACAACACAACAAAUGAAAAGUCAAACAGCACAUAAACAAGUAAAAUAUGAUAUAUAUUUUUACUUAGUGUGUUAAUAUUACAGAUGGUUUAAAAGAAAAUGUUGAUUAUUUUUGUAGGGUUUCUGUAUGAGUCAGAAUUGUUGGAGUGACUAUAACUUAUUUGCAGAGCAUGUAAAUGGAUUUAUUAUAGCGGAUAUGAUUAAGACGUGAAAGAUUAAAGAGGCGGUAUUGACUGAGAGUUGGCAAAGAC